AUGUUUUCACAGGUGGAACCUGUGGCAAGGGUAGGCAUGGGGAACCACACCAGCAUGCAAGAGUUCAUCCUCCUGGGAUUCCCUGGCAUGUGGUACUUCCGCUUCUCCCUCAGUGUGGUGUUUUCUGUGAUGUAUGGCCUGACGGUCAUAGGGAAUGUGUCCAUCAUAGCCUUGGUGUGGACCACCGCAUGUCUCCACACCCCCAUGUACUACUUCCUCUGCAACUUAUCCUUCCUGGAGAUCUGGUACACCACAGCCUGUGUCCCCAAAGCCGUGGGUGUCCUGCUGGGGAACAGCCAAACCAUCUCCUUCACUGUCUGCAUCUUGCAAUUGUUUCUUGUUUUCUCCCUGGGCUCCACAGAGUGUUUUCUACUGGCCGUUAUGGCCUAUGACCGCUACCUGGCUAUCUGCCACCCCCUGCACUAUAGCUCCCUUAUGAGCAACACCUUCUGUACUCAACUGGCCUUUGGCUCAUGGCUGGGUGGCUUUCUGGGUAUCUCUGUGUUGGCAUUCUUAGUAUCUAACCUGUCUUUCUGUGGCCCGAACAUCAUCAAUCACUUUUUUUGUGACAUAGAUUCCUUGAUAGCUCUGUCCUGCACUGACACUAGUCUUGUUGAGUUGGCAGAAUUCUUUGUGUCAAUUAUUGUUGUCGUGGUCUCAUGUGCUAUUACUUUGAUCUCCUACAUCUACAUCAUCUCCACCAUUUUGAAAAUUCGUUCAGCCCAAAGCCAGCAAAAGGCCUUCUCCACUUGCUCUGCCCAUCUCACCAUUGUGACUGUAUGGUUUGGUUCCAUCAUUUUUCUGUAUGUCAAGCCUGCUGCACCAAAUUCACUGGACACGAACAAACUCAUCAACAGUUUUAAUACUAUAAUAACUCCACUGCUAAACCCUUUCAUUUACACUCUAAGGAACAGAGAAGUGAAGCGAGCCUUGAGGAAGGCAUUCAAUAGAAUACGAAUAUGA